GACCCUCGUAGCCUUGUUCGACAAUAUUGUAGCUUCUGGCCCCUUCAACCGAAGCGUUUUCCCGCAUGGGUUUCUCUUUGGUGCAUCCUCCUCCGCUUAUCAGUAUGAAGGUGCUUUUAGGGAAGAUGGCAAGGGACAGAGCAUAUGGGAUAACUUCACUCACGCCCACCCAGAGAAGAUCAAGGAUGGAAGCAAUGGUGAUGUAGCUGAAGACUUUUUUCAUCGUCAUAAGGAAGAUGUUGUCCUCAUGAAACAAAUGGGUUUGGACUCCUUCAGGUUUUCCAUCUCCUGGACUAGAAUCCUUCCUGAUGGCAACGGAGGAAUCAACAUAAAGGGCGUUGAGUUCUACGACAACCUCAUCAAUGAGCUCGUAUCUAAUGGAAUACAACCAUUUGUGACAAUUUUCCAUUGGGACUCUCCUCAAGCUUUGGAAGACCAAUACGGAGGUUUUCUCAGCGAUCGUAUAGUGGUGGAUUUUAGCUACUAUGCGGAAGUACUUUUUAGGGAGUACGGUGACAGGGUUAAGCACUGGAUUACAUUCAACGAGCCGUGGGGCUUUUGCAACAACGGAUACGGGACGGGAACGGAUGCACCGGGCCGAUGCUCCGCAGACUCGGGCAACUGCACUGCCGGGGAUUCGAGAACGGAGCCUUAUACGGUGUGCCAUCACCAGCUACUAGCCCACGCAGCCGCUGUUCGGGUGUACAAAGAGAAAUAUCAGCCAAAACAGAAGGGUGAAAUAGGUAUAACAUUGGUGUCGCCGUGGUUCGUUCCCUUAUCCUCUACAGGACCCAAUAUUAACGCAACGCACAGGAUCUUGGAUUUCUUUUAUGGAUGGUUCAUGGAUCCGUUAACUCGAGGAGACUAUCCGCAAAGUAUGAGAGCUGCGCUCGGUAAUCGUCUGCCGAAUUUUACAAAUGACCAGUCGGAAAUGGUGAAAGGAGCUUACGACUUCAUUGGCAUCAAUUACUAUGACUCAUUCUAUGCAUUCGAACUUCCCUCAUCCGCCGAUAUUAAUCCAAUCUAUCUUAAUGAUUCUCGUGCUGGACUAACAGGUGUGCGAAACGGAAGGCCAAUAGGUCCUCAGGCUGAUUCAGCUCAAUUCUACAUUUACCCGCUCGGUCUUCAAAAGCUAUUGAAGUAUACAAGGGUCAAAUAUAACAAUCCGCCCAUCUACAUAACAGAGAACGGUGUGCCCGAGGAGAAUAACAGUAGUAAAUCGAUCGAGGAGGCCUUGAAGGAUGAUUUCAGAAUAGCAUACCACCAAGAACAUCUCAAGAAACUGCAUAGCGCCAUCAAGGAUGGAGUGGACGUGAGAGGGUAUUUUGUGUGGACGUUUCUCGACGACUUCGAAUGGAGCGGAGGUUUCACGGUUCGCUAUGGCCUAAACUACGUAGACUUCAAAAAUGGGACGUUGAAGAGAUACCCAAAGAACUCUGCUCGCUGGUUCCGUGAUUUUCUUGGGAAAUAAUUAAGAUGGAUGCGUCAGUGUAAUGCGUAUUUAUCCUUGAAUAAUUAUCCUAUCCUAAUUUAAGUAAUAGCAUGUGGGAUCUAUAACGGUAAAGAAGUGCGUGAGCCUCCAACAAGCUAGUUAGGUUUGUACUGAUUAAUUAUGGUGAUGAU